UUGGCUAUUCAAUUACUUCUGGUCGUUUUGAUAAAUCUGGUCAUUAUUAUGCAACUGGGGCCCCACGUAUUCUCCGGAGAUCAGUUCGGAUCUUCUUUUGGCUACAGUGUUGCAGCAGUUGAUCUGAACAAUGAUGGUUUUGAUGAUUUGGUGGUUGGUGCUCCAUUUUAUCUCAAACCAAAAAUUGGUGGUGCCAUUUAUAUAUAUAUGGGCAAACCUAAUUCUCUUAUGCUGGCCACAAAUACAAAGCCUAUAAAGAUCCUCAGUCGGACAAUGAACGAGAAGGAAUGUCAUGCACUUCAAUGUGAACAUGCAAGGUUUGGCGCAUCUUUGGCAAACGCUGGAGACCUUAAUCAAGAUGGUUUCAAUGAUCUUAUUGUUGGUGCUCCUUAUGAAGGAAAUGGUGCCAUUUAUAUCUUCCAUGGAUCAGCCUCUGGCAUUGUACCCAAACCUUCCCAGAGAAUAUCAGCAACUGACCUGUCACAUCCAUUUAAGGCUUUUGGAGCAGCUCUUGGCACUGGUAUGGAUGUUGAUAAUAACAGCUACCCAGAUGUGUUGGUUGGCGCCUUUGAAUCAGAUUCAGUUGCUUUGCUUUAUUCUCGACCAAUCAUCACUCUCAAAUCUAACAUCACACUUUCUCCAGAAAUCAUUGAUCUUAAUGCCAAAAACAAUUGCCCACCUUCAAUUUCUACAUAUCUGUGUAUAGAAAUCCAGAUUUGCCUUACUUAUACUACACAAGCCAGCUUACCUAAUGAUGCAAUAAAAAUCAGAUAUAAAGUCAUUUCUGAGAAAUUUGAUCCCAAAGUCUUGAUUGUCAGGGCCUUGUUCCUUCAACCAACACCAGGUACCAACUAUGAGACAAGUGGUGAGCUGAAACUACGCAGAAAAAAUUCAGAGAAUUGUAAGAAAGUCCAAGCUUAUUUACGGGAUUCUUUUCGAGACAAGCUAAAUCCAAUCAAAUUCCAGUUCAGCUAUGAAUUAAUGGUACCAAAACCGGUUCGGACAAGUUCUCCACCAGAUAUUAAUUCUUAUCCAAUCCUUGACUUGAUCAAUUCUGAUAAGACAACUGAGGAAAGACAAGUUGAGAUUCAGAAAGAAUGUGGGAGUGACAAUCAGUGCCAAUCGGAUCUUGUUUUAUUUGCCAAACCAGUAAACCUUACAAAAGUCAAUGACAAGGAUCCUUAUGUCCUCAAUAAUAAAGAGACCAAUUCUUUACAGAUUCAGUUUACUGUUACUAAUCGAGGAGAACCUGCUUAUGAUACUAAACUCUUCUUGAGAAUUCCAGGAAAUCUUGACUAUCAAGGUGUGGAUUACAGCGAGAGCAAACAGCCUGUAGAUUGUGCUGCAAAGAACAAGACUUUAAUAUUAUGUGAUCGGCUGGGAAACCCUUUUCUCCAAGGUACAAGACUCUCUUUCAAGGUCAAACUGCAAGUGAAUGAUCCUGACUCUAGUACAAACAUCUUGAAACUGUAUGCUAAAAUCUCAACCACAAGUGAAGAAAUUAGCAUUGAUGAUACAACAGCAAACCUAACAAUUGAAGUCCUCAUUAUGACUGAUAUACACAUCACUGGUCGGUCAUCUCCAGAGCAAGUGGUUUACAGCGGUGAAGUCCGUGGUGAAAGUGCUGUUAAAACAGAAGAUGACAUUGGUCCUGCUGUUAAUCACACCUAUGAAAUCUAUAACAAGGGGCCUGGAUCGGUGCCAAAUUCCAGACUGACCAUCAAAUGGCCAUAUGAGUUGACUAGUUCUGGAGGUCAUGGAAAGCAUUUACUUUACUUAAUGCAACCCCCACAGGUAAUGGAAGGCAAUGUCAUUUGUCAACACCCAACCAUAAUAAAUCCAGCUUCUAUCAAGUUUAAGGGCCAGACAUCUGAUGAAGGAACAUCAUACAGUGUGAAACGUAGACGGCGUGAAACUGAACCGAAAGCCAGUGAAAUCAGCCUUACACCAAAAGCAAGAAAAAAAAGUGAAAGCUUGUCGUGCCAUGAUGGUGCUCGAUGUUACAUUAUUGACUGUCACCUGACGAACCUGAUGGCAGAAAAGAGUGCUGUCAUAAUCAUUCGGGCACGGCUAUGGGAAAGCACACUUUUAGAGGAUUUCCGCUCUGUGGAUGAAGUAAAUAUCAUAUCCAGUGCCUCUUAUGAAAUUAUUCAGGAUGAAGACAUUAUCAAGCAGACAGACGAUAGCAAUGACAAAUAUGAUAUUGUCACUGUGGCUAUUCCGGACAUUGACAUUGCACCUUCAAAAUCUGUUCCUUGGUGGGUAAUUCUUAUUGCCAUAAUCGUUGGAUUGGCGUUCCUCAUCUGUCUUGGAUUUAUUCUAUGGAAGUGCGGCUUCUUCAAACGGCGUAGCAGAGACCAAUUAAGGGCCUACCAUGUAAUUGUGGAAAAGAAUAACUUCAUCAGUUCCUUCUUCAUAUUCAUGCCUGUCUUUAACGCAUGUACUGGAGCUCUCUCUUCUUUCAAUUUCUUUAAAAGCGUUAAUUCCUGCAGGAAAUGCCUCUUCAACUUUUAUUUCUAUAUUUGUCUCCUCCAUGUCCCUCCCCCUCCUAGUUCUGAUGUACAUUCAGCAUCCUCGUCUUUGCAUUUUGCUUUAGCUACAUAUUUCUUCUGUAAAGAUGCAGCACAUUUUCUUUCCUCGCAUUCUAUGGUAGCUUUCAGCUUGUGGAGAUCCAGUCUGGCCGCGGCGACCAAUUAUAAGACGGCGUUCCGUAUCUGGUCUGCUUCGGUCACCAGGUAUGGUGGUACUCAGGGUCAAUCCCGGCCUGCUCGGUUGGUCAGGAUCGAUCCCGGUAUCAGAGAACAAACCGUCAGCCCACUCGUCGGUCGUUGA